ACUUGUCUUUGUUCCCGCCCACCUACUGUUGCAGGAAGUAGUUACAUGGCGAAGUUUACUUCAAACUCGACUGGCGCGCGCAAAGUAUAACAAUUCACAUUAAUAGUCAAGUGAAUGCAUUUUCCUAAGUAAUAACUAACUUAUUUAACCUAAAAAUGUCAAAGUUUCUUCGAGCAGUAAAGAACAACAUACCAGAAAAGGACCAAUCGGAACUUACGGAGAACGACCUGAAAAAAUGGGGGCUAGCUAUUACUUUGAGGUCCUAUCAGUUGGAUGGAGUGAGGUGGCUCUCACAGUGUAUGAAGAACCAGCAAGGCUGUAUAUUGGGUGAUGAAAUGGGUCUAGGAAAGACCUGCCAGACCAUCUCUCUGCUGGCAUAUGCUCGAGGAAGACUUAAAAUGAAUGGACCUUUCCUUGUGCUGUGCCCUUUGUCUGUUUUGGAGAACUGGAGACAAGAGGUAGAACGUUUCUGUCCCAGUCUUUCUGUAAUCUUUUACACUGGGGAUAAAGAGAGAAGAGCAGAGCUCCAGAACGAACUCCGGACUGACAGAGACUUUCAUGUUCUUCUCACCACCUAUGAGAUGUGCCUCAAGGAUGCCUCCUAUCUUAAAAGUUGGAAAUGGAAGAUUUUAGUUGUAGAUGAAGCUCACAGGCUGAAGAACCAGCAGUCAUUGUUACACGAAACCCUCACAAAGUUUACAGUUGGAUUUCGAGUGCUCCUGACAGGUACUCCUAUUCAGAACAACCUGCAAGAAGUCUUUUCCCUCCUCACCUUCAUUCAGCCCAGUCUGUUCUCUCCUGACGAUGUUGAAGACUUUGUUAUUGCCUAUGCAGAUGUACAGAAUGACUCCUCUUUAGCCGAUGAGCUCCAUCAAGUCCUCCAGCCCUUUCUGCUACGCAGGGUUAAGACAGAGGUAGCGGCCGAUCUACCCAAGAAGUCAGAAGUUGUGGUUUUUCAUGGGCUGUCUGCUCUUCAGAAGAGAUACUAUAAAGCAAUUCUGAUGAGAGAUACUGAUGCUUUUAGGACGGAUCAAAGCAAUAAGACCCGAUUGUUGAACAUUUUAAUGCAGCUUAGGAAAUGUGUGAACCAUCCCUACUUGUUUGAUGGUGUGGAACCCGAACCAUUUGAGAUGGGGGAGCAUUUAGUGGAGGCCAGUGGGAAGCUGUCUUUGCUGGACUCCAUGUUGGCGUACCUUCAGGAGGGGGGCCAUCGAGUUCUUCUGUUCUCUCAAAUGACCAGAAUGCUGGAUAUUCUGCAAGAUUACUUGGAGUACAGAGGUUACAGUUAUGAGCGUCUGGAUGGCUCAGUCCGGGGAGAGGAACGUAACCUAGCUAUCAAAAACUUCAGCACCAAAGAUGUGUUUAUAUUCCUUCUUAGCACCAAAGCUGGGGGGGUUGGAAUGAACCUGACAGCAGCAGAUACUGUGAUCUUUGUGGACAGUGACUUUAACCCACAGAAUGACCUACAGGCAGCAGCACGAGCACACAGGAUUGGACAAACAAGGGCUGUUAAAGUGAUCCGGCUCCUUGGUAGAGAUACAGUUGAGGAGAUUAUUUAUUCCCGUGCCGUUUCUAAACUCCGUCUCACAAACACGGUGAUUGAGGAAGGACGUUUUUCUCUGCUGGACCAGGCUCAAUCUGCAACUUCCGGCCUUCAGUUGAGUGAGAUCCUGAAGUUUGGGGUGGAUAAGCUGCUGUCGUCAGAAGAGAGCUCAAUUCAAGAUGUAGACCUCAAGCUGAUCCUAGGACUGUCCCGCAAUGGGCAAUGGCUCAUGGACGAUGGGCACGUCAAGCUUAAUGAGAGCGAUGAAGAGGAAGAUGACGACGACACAGAGGGGCAAAACCACAUGUACUACUUUGAGGGUAAAGACUACUCUAAGGACCCCAGUGCGGAGGAUGAGAAGACCUUUGAACUGAUACUUGAAAAGCAGCUAGCUGAACUAGAGGAUGAUGGGAAAGAGGGCCGCUCACUUCGUAAUAAAGCUGGGGCAUUGCUUUCUGGUCCCCUAUUCGCCCCAGUGAGGAAGAAGAGGCCUCUUACGGAUUUAGAGUUAGAAGAGAGACGUCAGAAAAGACAAGAAGUUGCUGCAAAGAGAGCAAAACUACAGGAGGAGAGAAAGAGACAACAGGAAGAACUAAAUCAUAAGAAAAAGAUGGCUUGGUGGGACUCGUGCGGCUACAGAUCACUGUGCUUGCCCUGUGUGGACAGCGAGGGUGAAGAUGUGGAGCCUGAUGAUGACGAAGAUGUCAGCUUAAGCUCAACCGAUUCGGAUCACACGGCCAUUCGCUAUGUGCUGGGUGACGUGACCCACCCUCAGGCUGAUCGAGAGGAUGCCAUCAUUGUGCACUGUGUUGAUGACUCUGGAUACUGGGGAAGAGGAGGAUUGUUUACCGCUUUGGAGCUCAGAUCAGAUGAGCCGAGGAAGCAAUACGAGUUGGCUGGUGACAUGAAAGAUUUAGAGCUGGGAAAUGUUUUGGUUUUUCCUAUUGACGACAAGCAGUCGAGAUUCAGUGGAAGAGACUAUCUGGCGCUUAUAGUUGCCCAGCAGAGAGAUAAAGCCAAUAACUUAUCAGGCAUUCGUCUCACCGCCUUGGAGGAAGCCCUUAAGAAGAUCUAUAGAGAUGCCAAACAAAAGAAGGCAAGUGUUCAUCUCCCUCGGAUUGGCCACUCCACUAAAGGCUUCAACUGGUAUGGUACAGAGAGACUCAUACGCAAGCACCUGGCCUCCAAAGGCAUCCCUACCUCAAUCUACUACUAUAGUCGCACCUCUUCACGCUCUACCACAAUAGCUUCAACCACAACUUCUCCAUCUACCUCAACUUCAGCUUGUGCGCCGGGAGCAUCCUCACCAGCCGGGUCAACACACUCCCGCAGUCCUCCUGGUACUAGUAAAGGCUCAACACAGUCACCAAAGCUCUCAGUUACGUCAAAAGAAGGUCAAAGUGCACCAGGGUUGGCUGACUUCAUGAGAGGUGUUCAUGUUUACUUCUACAACAUGGCUGCUACUGAAAAGAAGAAGCUUACCCGCUACUUAAUCACAUAUGACGGUGAUGAAGAGGAUCUCAUGAGCUCACACGUCACUCACGUUGUAGGAGAAGUGGAAAGCCCUGUUCAUGUACAGGAACUGCGAGAUGUAUUGCGUCAGUACCCUCAGGCACUCCUUGUAAAGAAAAAGUGGUUGGAGUCUUGCUUUGCUAAUCAAAGGAAAGUCAGUGCCUCUAAAUAUGUAAUUUCAUUAACUUGACAGUUUGCCUAUGGUGAAAUCACUUUUAGUAUCUGCUGUAAAACUUUUAGUUACUCUGUAUUCGGUUAAUAAUGACGUUAGCCCUGAAGGUAAAUUAUACAUUUAAAUUAAGCAUUAUAUAUUAAAAAUAGCAACAAAACAGUGGGGUUCCUUGUACUAGUGUUUGUAAAGUAUGCAUUAUCCCUGUGUUUAUACUACUCUGUAUCCAUGUUGUUAGAUUAAGUGUAUGUGCAAUGAUUAUGUUUUUCUCUGGGUUUGGUUAUUGCACUGGCUAUUUUUAAUAAAAAGGAACUUACAAAAACUGUUGUGAGUGAUGUGUACCAAUUAUGCUUCUACU